AAUGCAUUAGAUUCUGAGGCACACUUUUAUGAGUAGAGAAUAUAUUUAGUUUGCACAUUUCAACUUUUCUGGAUUUUCUUAAUUUUGGGUAAAAUAGAUUUUGAAGGGUUAUUUUGGUAACUUAAGCACUUUUCUGUAUUUCUAAUUGCACUUUUCAUAUACUGUAACUAGAUCUGACUGCAUGGGUGGUGGUUCUUACAGGUGCGGUUGACUGUAUGACAAUGUCCAUGUUUGGCUCCCUCAAUGGUAUGAAUGGCAAGAGCUCAGGAACACCAUCUCCUACCAAGCCCGAAGUGCCCCUUCCGUCUUCUGAUCCAGUCAAAGAUGUGUGUGCUCCUGAAUCAAAGCCCGCCACUGUCCGUAACGUCCCUGGCACUAAUCUAAGGUGCCUUGAUGAUCCUUCUUUUAUGUUUGACCAGCCCUCCAUACCUGUUACUAAUUCUCCUAAAUCCGGCACAUACAAGGUUCUUGAAGCUCCAAAGGAGCCUCAGCAGUUAAAGAGUGGAGGUUAUCAUGUGUUAGAAGCCCCAGAAGCACCAUCAGAUAUCAAGGAUCUUCCUGACCAGUCUCCCACAAAACCAGAGGCUCCAAUCAAACCAUCACCAUAUAGGGUUCUUGAAGCGCCUAUUGAUCCUCCUUCAAGGCCAAAAGGCUCACCAUAUCGUGUACUCGAGGCACCUGAUGCCCCUUACUACCCUCAGUCCCAAACCGUUGGUGAAGUUCAGGAGUCAAAGCCUCCAUCUCUUGUUUCUCCGUCUUCCGGUAGGACGGUAUCUGAUGCACUUGAUAAAGCUCGCACUCGUUUUGAUUCCUUUUGGGGGGGACCAAAAGAUAAAGAUCCCCCAAGCAAAGUCUAGGUGCCCAAAUUCCUUAGCCAUGUUCUAAUUACAAUUGAGGUAUUCAUGAAGAUGGAUUGCUCUUUAUCCAAAUACUAAGUUAACGACAAUAGUAUCUAUUUUGUGGUGCGUCUUCAUGGGUAUUUUAAAACUCAAGGAUGAGCUGUUAGGACAAUUUCUUGCGAAUUUUGAUGAUACAAGUUACUGCCAACAUUAAUGGUCCCACGUUCGUUGUGAGAUCAUACAUAACAGCACAUCUGAGAUAUAAUCUAUUGAGAAAACCCACAGGUUGUCAAUUCAGCCAGAUGUUUAAUCGCAAU